AUGUUGCAAAACGCCGCGAGCAAUAAGUACAUGGAACGACUCCUUCUGGGGGAGAUAGAGAACCUUCGGAGGAAGGGGAAACUGAUCAAAGAAGCCGUAGAAGACUACGUACAGCGCGUAGAAGAUGAGAUCCGAAAAGGGAUUUCGUACAAUCUACAAAAUCAAUACACAGAGUUGCAGAAGAUUUUGAUGAAUUCCGGCCAAACUUUGGACGGACUCAUCAUUGGUCUCUCGACCAUGGUUCCUAGCCCUGGGGGCCACACUUUCCUCCCAAGCCUUGGAGACGUUCCGAGGCAAAAUUUGAUUUCCGGAACGGGAUCGAUGACUGAGUGGAGCUCCAGAGACUGCACUGCUUCGAGAAGAACGUCGUCGCCUGAUAUUGUCGAGACUCAGAUACAGACUCCCAGUGAACGUCGAAGCUCGUCGUCGUCGUCGACGACAUCAUCCAACCGGCCUCCUCCGAAAGCACGCACGCCGAACGCGGUGAAAAAGAAACAACCGCUACGAUCGACGGUAAUUGACGAAUUUUCGAUGGAAAUUCCGGACUCUGCCACAAUGUUGAAUGUAGACGCCCCGGAGUUCAGACCCAAUGGCCACGGCGCGCCUGGUGAAAGCAUUCCCGUCAAUUCAGCCGGAGACUCCGAUGGAAAAAUCCCACGGGAGCGGAAUUCAGUUUCCCCAGAGCCCGAAGGGAAUAACGCCAACGAAUCGGGAGUUUCGGAAGCUUCGGACAAUCAUCAUGGGUCUAGCGAGAGCAGCCAAUCGACGUUUUCGGUGUCGUCAUCGUCGAGUGCGCCGCAAAUUCUGACAAGUGCUAGUUCCGUAGAGAGUUUUCUGACUCCCCCCGGAACAGGGUCGGAGCUUCGGCGAAACGGUGUCGAUCAUGGUGCGGGCAGAACGACAACGAGCAGGAGCGGAGAUAGUUCGGCGAGUUUCUAUCUCUCCCCUGACGGGACAGGCUUGUGCAGCAACGACGACAAACACGCGAUGAAAGACUACCCCCGCGACGCGGAAUCUCGUCCGUCGAGUCAUCACGCAAAAAGUCUCAUAUACGACACCGAUCAGGUGCUGAGAGGCACUGCUCAAGUUCUUCGGGAGCAGGAGGCUCUGAAUUCAAGAGAACAAGCGUUGAAGGACGAGCCGAAUCACGAUGGGCCGAUCGACUGGAAGGAGAGACAAGCAUGGGACUCGAAGCCUAACGACGUGCGGAAAACGCGAAUACCGCCCACUUGGACCUAUACUCACGUCAACUUCUCGCACGUGGAUGCUGAAUCGGGGAGAAUUUAUGUACAAUUGCUUGCAGAUGAGAUCACCAUCACUUCACUGUCUGAAGAGGCCAAUUCGGACCCAUCGCGCAGAUCGAGGCCGCUUGAGCUGGCAGAAAUAGAAACGGACCUCGUGGUCAUUGCCCCAUUCGAAAACUUGUAUUAUCGCGCUUCAGUUGUUUCGAAAAAAUCUGAGAAUGAUAUCGAAGUAUUUUUCAUUGACUACGGGAACACCGCGAAAGUCAAAGCACAGGACUUGUCGCUCAUAAACACGAAACUACAGUAUAAGACUUGUAGAUUGGCCAUUCCUUGUGUCCUCGAUGCCUCUCUUGCGUGCGCCGACCUCAUUGAGCGAUUGCCGGAAACCGCCUACGUUUGCCUGGCGAACCCUCCCGAGACUGAGCAGGGAUCGGUGUACCGCAUCAUGGACGUGAUGCAUUCCUCCAAGGAAAAUUUCCUGGAGCUACCCGAAACUAUCCCAUUCAGUGCUCCUGAUGACCCCAAGGUAUUUUCGUACUCCGUCGUCAUCACCAAUGCGAUCAACCCCGACCAUAUGUGGGUCGUCGAAACCAAAGACGUCGACGUGCCGGAAAAAGUCACAGCGAUUCUUCAUGGACUGCCCCCGGAGCCAUGCUCCCCGACACUUGCUUUGAAGUCUACGUAUGUUGCGCACAAAGGCAGGCGCGCCAUGGUCAUCGAGUGCCACGACGGCCUGUUCGACCUCUUGCAGCUCGAUGAUGGGGUUUCUGUGCUUGGCGUGCCGAUAACGGCCUGCCGUCGACUUCCGCUGAUGACGCACUUGAUUCCCCAAGCGGCGAAAUUGGUGAAACUCGCGAAUUGCCAAUUACGCAGGCAAGAUAAGUUCGCGGAGCUGAUCAUGUCGAACUCGGCUGGUAAAAAGUACAAUAUGAAAGUCAAAAACGACGAUUCUGAUGACGUGAUCCUCGUUGACCCCGUCUCCGAAAAGUACCUCGCCAAAGAGCUUAAGCGUUUGGAUUGUGAUCUUUGAGACGACACGUGGAACCUCGCUUGAGUUUCAGACUGCUUGUAUGUAUAAUUUAUCAGUUAGCCGUGUUCGAUUUGAAGGGCCUCAGGAAUGAUGAACAUCAUUGUGUUUACGCUGAGCGGCCUUUAUUGAGGUGGUGGCCCGGAUGUUUAAUUUUCGAAGGAAAUUUCCGUCGAGAGGUUUUCAAAAGA